AUGCCAUCAUCAAUCACCUGCUCUGCUCUCCCUGCUGUUGGGAAUGGGACGAUUAUCUAUAAUUACACAACUACUCCAUUUUAUGACUACGAAACAACAGCUGUGUAUGAGUGUGACACUGGUUAUGAGGUAACCAGUGGAGACAGAGUGAGGACCUGUACUGGUGAUGGUAGUAGUUCAGUGGGUCAGUGGAAUGGAACUGCUGCCUUUUGUUUAGACAUUAAUGAAUGCUCUGAAGAUACGGAUGGCUGUGAUCAUAUCUGCACCAACACUCCUGGAUCAUACAACUGUGCCUGCAACUCAGGAUAUCGACUUGCUGCUGAUAAAAGAAGAUGUGAUGAUAUUGAUGAGUGUAGUACUGGACCCAACAACUGUGACCAAGUGUGUGCCAACACGGAGGGGUCGUUCACCUGUGCAUGUGAGGCAGGAUAUAUGCAGGAUACUGACGGAGCAUCAUGUGAUGAUGUUGAUGAGUGUGCUGGACCCAACAUCUGCCAGCAAGUGUGUGCCAACACUGAGGGAUCAUUCACCUGUGGAUGUGAGGCAGGAUAUGUGCUGAACAGUGACAGAGCAUCAUGUUUUGCAAUCACCUGCUCUGCUCUCACUGUUAUUGGGAAUGGGAUGAUUGUCUACUCCAGUGACAGGACAAAGUCCCAUGACUAUGGAACAACAGCUAUGUAUGAGUGUGACCCUGGGUAUGAGAUAACAGGUGGAGACAGUGAGAGGACCUGUACUGGUGAUAGUAGCAGUCCUAGUGGCCUGUGGGAUGGAACUGCUCCUCAAUGUCCACCUGUGGACUGUGGGACUCCUCCGUCUAUUACCAAUGGAUCUCCUGGGAUACCAACAACCACAACAUUCACAGAGACAGUGACCUACAGCUGUGAUGAUGGCUAUGCACUCUUUGGGAUUGCUACUAGUACUUGUCUGGCAAAUGCAACCUGGAGCAGUCCACCAGAAUGUAGAGCUUAUUAA